AUGUCAAGUAACUUAAGAGCUGAAAAUAGAAAAAAUCGUCGAAAUGAGAGAAAUGAGACCAGACGAGAAGAAAUUAAUCGUCGUCAAAAUGAAAGGAAUGAGGCUAGGCGUGAAGAAGUUAAUCGUCGCCAAAAUGAAAGGAAUGAGGCUAGACGAGUAUUACAUAGGUGUGGAAUGCAUUGCAUAGCAAGAAAUAAUGUUUUUAUAGAGAAUAAUUACCUAGGAGAAAUAAACCAUAAUUGUCAGUAUUGUGGUGCUAAAAAAUUUCUAAAUGAAACACAUUUUUUGUGCUGCCAUUCAGGAAAGGUUGUCUUACCUCCACUUUCACCUUAUCCACCGCUGAUGGUUGAUUUAAUGACAGGCAACCAUGUUGAUCGUGCUUUGAAUCAAAAUUUUUUCAAGCAUAUACGAAAUUAUAAUGCCUGUCUAUCUUUUGCUUCAUUCAUAGCCACAAUAGAUCCUCCGUCAAAUCGUGGUCCACCCUGUUUUAGAAUUAGUGGGCUUACUAUGCAUCGUAUUGGUAAUCUAAGACAUCUGCAUCCACCUGCUUAUUGUCAAUUAUAUGUUUAUGAUCCUAAUACUGCUUUAAACUUUCGAAUGGAGCAAAAUGAUUGUUGCAUACGUGAGUUAAUGGAACUUUUGCAGACUAUAAUUAAUCAGGAGAACCCAUAUGCACUUGCAUUUUAA